GACGCGGGGGGGGGGGUCCAGGUCAGGGUCACGUGCAUGGCUCCGCCUCGCGUUGCCUUAUGCGCCCUCUGCGUGCUGCGCGUGGCGCUGGCUACCGUCUACUUUCAGGAGGAGUUCUUGGAUGGAGAGCGCUGGAGGAACCGCUGGGUGCAGUCCACCAAUGACUCGAGCUUCGGGCACUUCCGACUCUCGUCGGGCAAGUUCUACGGCCACAAAGAGAAAGACAAAGGGCUGCAGACCACACAGAACAGCCGCUUCUACGCCAUCUCAGCACGCUUCCGGCCGUUCAGCAACAAGGGGCGGACUCUGGUGCUGCAGUACACGGUGAAGCACGAGCAGAAGAUGGACUGUGGGGGCGGCUACAUCAAGAUCUUUCCGGCCCACCUGGACCAGAAGCAGCUCAACCGGAACUCGCAGUACUACAUCAUGUUCGGACCCGAUAUUUGUGGAUUUGAUGUCACGAAAGUCCAUGUUAUUUUGCAUUUCAAGAAUCAGUAUCAUUCAAACAAAAAAACAAUCAGGUGUAAGGUGGACGGCUUCACACACCUCUACACCCUGGUGCUCAGGCCCGACCUCUCAUACGAGGUGCGCAUCGAUGGGCAAGUGGCCGAGUCGGGUGACAUUGAGUACGACUGGAACCUCGUGUCCCUAAAAUCGGCGGCUAAGAAGACACAAACAGAGCCACAGGCCUGGGAGCAGGAUUGGGAUAAGCAGUUUCUGGAUGCCGGGGCCAGUGCGCCCAGCGACUGGAACAGCAAGUUGGACGGGGACUUGCAGGCUCCACUGCUGCAGAAACCACCCUACCAGGACAGCCUGAAAGCCGAGGGGAUCAACAAUGAUGUCUGGCUCCAUCACAAGUUGAAGAACACCAACUACUUGACGGAGUACGACCUCUCGGAAUUUGAGAACAUUGGCGCCAUCGGCCUGGAGCUUUGGCAGGUGAGGUCUGGAACCAUCUUCGAUAAUUUCCUGAUCACAGAUGACGAAGAAUAUGCUGAGAAGUUUGGCAAGGCCACAUGGGGCGAGACCAAGGGCCCAGAGAAGGAGAUGGAUGAUGUCCAAGUGAAGGAGGAGGUGAAGCUGGUCCGGGAGCUGGAGGAGGCCGAGCUGCCACUGGCCAGGCAAGGCCAGUUCCGUGGGUUCCGCCGCGGGGGCGAGCUGUAGCCGGACAAGGGGAGGGAGCAUAAAAGCUGGUCUGGUGCCCUCACUCAUCCUGUCUUUUUUGCCGACACCGCCUUCAUAGGACAGAAUCCCUGGCCAACAGACCCCAGUUUUAUUGUUUUGGGGCCACAGCUGGGGUGUCCGGGAACCACUUCUGGUGCUCCGAGUGAGUGCUGGUGAUAGCCCCUGUGCUCCCACAUACACAGCCCAACCCAGCACCACCUUGCCUUGUGGGGUCUAUUCCCAGCUGCUCAUCGCUCCUGCCGGCGACCUCCGCCACAUGGUGGUUCUCUGGGGGGCUACUCCGGGACCGGGACCCUGGGCCAGCGUUUGUACUUCCUGUGGCCACGGUGAGUGCCCCGAGCCCCAGCCCUACCCGACCUGGGCUUCAGAGUCUGCCCCCUGUGUAGACCGACCAUGCGGACCUGCCCCCCUGUGUGGACCGGCAGUACAGAUCCAGUCCUGGGCUUUCCGUACCAGACCAUGCCCCUAACCCCGCUAGAGCCCCAGUACCCAAGGUGGGCGCAGCUGAGGACCGGGAAGGGCCGGUGAGAACCACGAUGAGAUGCGUGGACGGACUGUGCGCCCCCUGA